CCACCCACUCUAGGCCCUCUACUAUUGGCUGAUAUUGGCAAGCUAGUUCAUUCUGAUUGGACUAUACCAGCCUCACAGAAAGUCAGUCAAGCUGGAAGAGCCGAAGUGAUUGUGCCAUGAGUGUUGCCCAGGGGAGAAGGCAAAGGGAAUCCCUGUGCAGCCUUGCAUGAUAGGUAACUGUGAGCACUGAUGCAGUGACACGGACUAAUAGAAUGGGGAUCUGCUGCCGUCCUUUUAACAGUAGGACAGAUGUAACAAUUGCCUCUCAUCCUUUCCGGAAUGUCAAAGAGAGGAAGUGACACAACGCUACGAUGCACUUUCCCCACCACCAUAGGGCAACUCCUGAAGUGCUACAGCCCCCAGAAACCAGCCCAGAGUAGGAAGGCCAGUUGUAACAACCAUGACACUGGGAAGAAUCGCAUACAAAGCAGCCCCAUGACCCCCCAUUGCCCUUCUGUAUCAAGGCACUCAGAGCAGCGGCUGAGACCCCGCACUUGCACAGCGUGUCGAGCCUGCUUGAGUUUAGGCCAGAGAACCUCCAUUCCUAGUGCUGCUACUAGCUCAUCACUGCUACCACUGGAUAGGCUCAGCCACUUGCCGUACUGUUCCAGCAAAGCCAAGAAGGGCCGACAUACAGAGAAACGCAAUGACAGAGCAAUAGCGAAGUCUCCAGAUUCUGGGAAACUGAUAUCUUGCAGCCUUCAUAGAGAUUUCCACAUACAAGACUUUACAGGAAAAUGCAAUGCCAGUUUGUGCCCCAGGCGCCCAGGUUCCCUGGACUCACAAAUACAAAUCCUCCCAAGUCUCCCAGUAAAGAGGGGUAAGGAUCUCCCAGUGAGGACCCAGUCAGACAUCUGCCUGCCCCAAAGCUCACACUUCUCUGACACAGAGCUAAGGAAGUGGAUCGUACAUUUUGGAGGGGAUGAGCAGGCAGCCUUUAUGGCUAGAGGACUGCAGAGAUUACACUUGGCGUAUGAAGAAGGCAAAGCUGAAAUAGGCAGACAAGCUAAACAUAAAGGGUGACGUCUCAUCAUCAUUUAUUUAUAUAACGCCAGUAAGCAAUGCAUUGUGGGUCAAGAGCAAAAGUGAAUCAGUGUCUUUUAUAUUAGUGAUUUUACAUUCUUUCAUAAUUUAGGCCUAAAAUAUCUAUGAAUGGACCAAGUUUUAAUUAUUAUUAAUGUGGAACGUGGACUUGACCUAAUAUAUAUUUAAGGGACCCGCUACAGUACACAGACCAUAUUUUUAAGGUGGGUCAGUUUCCCAGCCUUAUUCACUAACUCAGGUACAGUCAGCCCGUAGCCCUUCGGAUCUGACAGGGGCUGCUGGGAACUGUAAUUCACAACAUAUAGCAAUCAUGAUUCAUAAUAAUUCAUAUUUAUUAUUCAGGAAAGUGAUUUGUAUUUUUGUGAUGAUUUUGUGUAUUUAAAUAUAAAUCUAAAACGUGCCAUUUUCAUGUGAGCGUAGAACUAUUUGUGUCUGCUGGCCCUGGUUUCUAUGAAGGCAUUACUGGCUCAGCUUGCAGUUUCAGUUUUCCUUAAGCUGCCAUUGUAUCUGGUCAGAUGAGCACUAGUCAUAAACCCAGAAUGGUGCAAUUGAUUGGAGUCUAAUUAAAGAUCACCUAAGUGGUGCACUUUACUUUGUUGCAUAUA